AUGAGUGCUACAAACGUCGAUGCACGUCAACUGACGACGCUGGAUCAUCUGUCGCCGCCGCACCCACCGAGUCUCCUACCAGCGGAGGGACGCUUUUCGCCUGCCUCGCCAGCGUCGCCUGCGUCGCCAUUCUCGACACCAACGACGUUGGAGGGAGCGAACGAGUUGCCCGUCCUUUCCGCUUCUCGCGCUCCUCCGUCCGGGGCCUCUUCCCCACGCAUUCCCUGGGAUUCAACGACUCACGACAAGAACGUCGACGACGACGAGAAGGAACUGCUCGCGCCGACGGGCGUCAAGGAAUUCUCAACGGUGGACUGGGAGGAACCGAGGAAGCCUCGGACGUCCUGGUGGCGGAUCUGGGUCAAGGCGACAGUGGUCACCAUCCUGCUGGUUGCGCUAAUCGCCGGGAUAGCAGUCGGAAUCACCGAGGCGAGCAAGAGCGUCGAGUCGUCGGCGAACGAGUCUUCCUCGUCCUCGUCGCUCGCCUCGUCCACCUCGUCCGCAUCGUUCAGUACAACGAGCACAACAUCGAGCACGACGUCAGUGACAUCCACCUCGUCAAGCAGCGGAUCAAGCGGGACAUCCAGCGCGACAACAUCCUCUUCCUCCUCCACAGCAUCCUCAAGCUCCGAUUCCGCAAGAACGACAAGCCCAGUCUCAAGCACGAGCAGCGCCCCUUCCGCCUCAACCUCCUCCGCAUAG